AUGUUCUGCGAAAAAAUUUUCAUUUUAUUAUUAUUCUUAUUCCUAACACCUACGCAUUCUCACCAGGGCCAUGAUGAUACUCCCAAAGACUCCUUGUUACAAAAUAUUUCCAGAAGCGCUCAUUUCUUCAAUAAGAUCUUUUCGGUUCUUGGUGUGAUACUUAUUUCUUUUCAUUUACUAAUUCUCACUAAAAAAUCAAUGAGAAUAUCCUCGGUGAACUCGAUAAUGAUUGGAAUUGCGAUCUGUGAUCUUUUGAGUAUGGGGAACAUGGUUAGAAGUGAAUUUUUCGAGAUCAACCUCCAAGGGACUCAUUGCAAACCUCCAGCUUCCCUGCGUCUCACCCAAUUCAACUGGUUCCUCACUUCCUUUCACACUGGGCUCCGCCGAUGCUCUUUUUGGCUCGGAGUUAUCAUUGUCCUUGUGAGAUAUCUCAUUAUCACUAAUGUGCUGAAAAAUUCAUUCCGAUUUUCUUGUCCUAAAUUUGGAUAUCGAAUUUCUAUCAUUUCAUUUCUCCUGAGCACAAUCUUAUCGGUGCUCUUCUUCUUUCAAUACCAGUUUGUGGAGAUUUCAAAAUGGGCGCCAGGGCUUGAUUGUGGCCUAGAAUCUAUCUAUCUAGAAUCUAGAAACUAUCCAGAAUUCUCAGUCUAUGGCCGUUUGUGCAAUGAAUUCUCAGCUAUCCAUGAUGGCCUUUUCCAUAGAAUCCAAGCAGUCAUAGAGGGAAUCUUCGGGAAGUUCAUACCAUGUGUGCUUCUCCCCGUGCUCACAAUGAUGCUCAUUAUGAAGCUACGGAGCUCGGAUCAAAAUGCGGCAAGAAACCAAAAGAAGGACCGGGCAACAGUGAUUGUGAUCUUCAUAGCUAUCACCUAUCUGUUAACGGAGCUCCCACUGGCAUUUGUGUAUUUGGCUGACGCAAUUUGGCAUUACGAUAAGAAUGCUCAAACAAUCAUCAAGCAUCUGGAACUCCUCUGCAAUGCCAUCUACACCGCCACCGCCUCAAUCGACUGUGUCAUUUGCUUUGUAAUGUCUACUGCUUACCGCAAAACUGUCCGGGAACUUCUCCCUAGAAGGCUCUAUUUUUUCGACAAAACGACUAACUUACCCGCUUCGAAACAGUCGAGGCUGUCGAGAAUUACCCCUUAAUUUGAAAUAUAUUGAAAUGUUUAUUUUUUCCACCAAAAAAUAAUACAAAAUAAUAA